GGCUUAGAUAAGAGGAUUUCAGCAUGUUCACCUGUAGUACCUCCCGCUAAACAUUGUUGCACUGCGGUUCCGUGAAAAAAACAUAUCAGACGUCACUCGGCCAAUCGCCUCUCAGGGGCUUUCCAUCAUGGCGUCUAUGCAGAGGCGAUUACAAAAGGAAUUGUUGGCAUUGCAAAGUGAUCCACCUCCUGGAAUGACUCUGAAUGAGAGAAGUGUGCAGAACACAAUCACGGAGUGGUUAAUAGAUAUGGAAGGUGCUCCAGGGACUCUCUAUGAAGGAGAGAAGUUUCAGCUCCUCUUCAAAUUCAGUAGUCGAUAUCCUUUUGAUUCACCUCAGGUAAUGUUCACUGGAGAGAAUAUCCCCAUCCACCCGCACGUCUACAGCAACGGUCACAUCUGUUUAUCUAUUUUAACGGAGGACUGGUCACCAGCUCUGUCUGUGCAAUCUGUUUGUUUAAGCAUUAUUAGCAUGCUGUCAAGCUGCAAAGAAAAGCAACGGCCUCCAGAUAACUCCUUCUAUGUAAAGACAUGUAAUAAGAAUCCAAAGAAAACUAAGUGGUGGUAUCACGAUGAUACAUGCUAGUAUCCUCACAAUUUUGAUAUAUAAACAGACUUUUCCAAGUACAUCAAGUACUUUACGAUACAGUCUUUUGGGUUAAGACUGAACCAGCAGACCCUGGGAUGGUGAUUAAUGUGUGGAUUAGGCGUACACUUCUGCUGACUGGAAAAAGAGCAUAAAAACUGCAGGAAUGUAACCCACCCAGCAGUUAUAUUUUGUUAGAAGCAAGAUGUGGAGCUUUUUUUUAAUUAUUAUUUUGUUAUGUUUGAUUUACGUUGUAUUGUUUUGCACCGACUGUGCAAUAAUAACUUCAGUGUGAGUUUGGAAUAAAAGGAAAGUCAGUGCAAAUCAGAAA